AUGGGCAUCUUUUCUCGAUUUGCUGCCUGUCCGGAGAAUACAGCAGGGACAAAGCAGGAUAUGGCUGUGCUCCGCUCUGAGAUACCGAUGGACUCGUCGGAAAAGGACGAGGAAAGGCCAGCAUCUGAUAAAGGGAAGCAAGAUGGCGUCAAGAAGGUUGAAGCUGCGGCAGCCGUUUGGACAAAAUGGCAUCUUGUAGCUGCGUUUGCCAAUAUUUGGCUCAUCUACUUCAUUCUCUCCAUCAUGGAAGUCGUUUUUCGCACGUUGGACCCUUUUGUUACUAGCACGUUUCAAAAGCAUUCUCUCACUGCGGCAAUGGGCAUCAUAUCCAGCAUCGUUGGCGGUCUUUCAAAGCUGGCCAUUGCCAAAAUCUUGGACACUGUCGGCCGGCCGCAAGGUAUGGCAUUGGCUCUGACCUUUUGGGUUAUGGGCAUGGUCAUGAUGGCCGCGUGUAAGAAUGUUGAGACGUACGCGGCAGCGCAAGUGUUUGCGCAAACUGGAUCACAGGGUGUGAGCUACUGUUUAACCAUCUUCAUCGCUGAUACAACGAGCCUUCUAAACCGCCCCCUCAUGCUGGCUUUUGCAACAUCCCCUUAUAUUGUCACCACCUGGAUCGGUGGACCGAUGGCCACGAGCGUCAUCAAAGGCCCUGGCUGGGAAUGGGGGUUUGGCAUGUGGGCAAUCAUCACACCGGUUGUGGUGCUGCCGCUGGUGCUCGUAUUUGCAUGGAACCAGAACAAGGCCGAGAAGAAGGGCCUGGCCCCAAAGAAUUCCAUUCGGGACAUCAGCCUCGGUGCUGUCAAGAGGUUCGCCAUUGACGUCGAUCUCAUUGGCCUGCUCCUUUUGGCUGCCGGCAUGGCACUGUUCCUCCUCCCAUUCGCAUUGUACCAGUACCAAGACGAUGGCUGGAGAAGCGCUCUUGUCAUCUCCAUGAUUGUCGUGGGCGGCCUUCUCAUCGGCGUCUUUGUGCUUUGGGAAAAGUUUGGCGCUCCAGUCACCUUUAUCCCACUGCGUCUCCUUGCCGACCGCACCGUCUUUUUCGCCGGCCUCAUGUUUCUCUUUGUGUUUGCCAACUCACUCAUCUGGGGGAGUUUCUUUACCUCUAUGCUGCUCGUUGUCUGGAACACGGGCGUGACCAAAGCGACGUACAUUUCCAACAUUUACAGGGUUGGAUCGUGUUUCUCUGGCCUGGUCAUCGGCUACCUGAUCCAUCUCACGGGGCGAUUCAAAUGGGUCGGCACCAUGUUUGCCCUGCCCCUGAUGCUCCUCGGCGUCGGUCUCAUGAUAUACUUUCGACGAGCCAGCCAAAGUCUCGGUUUUGUCAUCAUGACCCAAAUAUUUGUGGCCUUUGCCGGCGGCCCACUCGUUAUUGCCGGCGAAAUGGCCAUGAUGGCGCCUUCAGACCAUCAACAUGUUGCCGUCAUCAUUGCGAUCCUCGACUUGUUUUCUGGCGUUGGCAAUGCUAUUGGACGAGCAAUCUCAUCCGCAAUCUGGGCGGGGACAUUCAAGGACGCCCUGAGGAAGCGACUGCCUGCCGACGCGCCGAUUGAUAGCAUCUAUGGCAGUCUGCCUAUUCAGAUGAGCUAUGAACCCGGAUCAGAGGAGAGAAUUGCCAUUUCUGAGGCGUAUUCCGAGUCGCAGCGGUAUAUGCUGAUCACCAGCACAUGCUUUGUGGUAGUCGCCUGGGCGUGUACGUGGGUUUGGAGGGAUAUCAAGUUGAAGGACAAGAAGCAGACAAGGGGAUAUGUGGUGUAG